CGCCUUUCCGCCAACUCCAGAGGCCCCGGCUAGUUGGCCACCGGAGUUGGGGCGCUCGCAGUCCUCUUCUGACAGUCGUACCGCCGACCCCGGGGCCGCGCGGGUGUCUGGUGGAGCAUGGCGAACUCGGGCUGUCAGGACCUCCGGGGCCAGGAGGGGGAGAGUUUUCUGUACUUCGCCUACGGUAGCAAUCUGCUGACCGAGCGGAUCCACCUCCGAAACCCGUCGGCCGCGUUCUGCUGCGUGGCCCGCCUGCAGGAUUAUAAGCUUGACUUUGGCAAUUCCCAAGGCAAAACAAGUGAAACUUGGCAUGGAGGUAUAGCCACUAUUUUUCAAAGUCCUGGCGAUGAAGUAUGGGGAGUAGUAUGGAAAAUGAACAAAAGCAAUUUGAGUUCUCUGGAUAAGCAAGAAGGGGUUAAAAGUGGAACAUAUGUCCCAAUAGAAGUUAAUGUUUAUACUCAAGAAGGAAAAGAAAUAACCUGUCGAAGUUAUCAGAUGAAAAAUUAUGAGAGUGCUCCCCCAUCCCCCCAGUAUAAAAAGGUCAUUUGCCUAGGUGCAAAAGAAAAUGGUUUGCCACUGGAGUAUCAAAAGAAGUUAAAUGCAAUAGAACCAAAUGACUACCAAGGAGAAGUCUCAGAAGAAAUUGAAGACAUUAUCAAAAAGGGAGAAACAAAAGUUCAAUAGAACAUAAUAGAUAUUUUAGAUAGAAAUCUAAAUUAUAAUAGAAAAUACAGAUAUUUUCUGUAUGUGCUAAUAUAUUUUUAACAUUUAGAAAAGAGAUCUGAGGUAUCUCUAUGUUUAAUAUAUUUUCAACAGUGCUCUAAAGGGAUAUCUUACUUAGGUAAUUCCUUGUAUUCAGACUCAAAAAAGAAACUUGGUUAGAAAUUAGAUAAUUGAGGGGCGCCUGGGUGGCUCAGAUGGUUAAGUGUCUACCUUUGGCUCAGGUCAUGAUCCCAGGGUCCUGGGAUGGAGCCCCACAUCAGGCUCUCAGCUCAGCGGGCAUCCUGCUUCUCCCUCUGCCUGCCGCUCCACCUGCUUGUGCUCUCUUUCUCUCUGUGUCAAAUAAAUAAAUAAAAUCUUUAAAAAA